UUCAUUCGAAUGCUGGAAAGUCGCUCAGUUCGUGCUGGCCUUCAUCAGUUCUUCUCCUGUCGAGGCAUAGCGCUGGCUGUGGAGACCUUUUGGAGGCUCGGUCACCGGGAGAUCACGGUCUUUGUCCCCCAGUGGCGCCAGAAAAGAGACCGGUUCACAACAGAGCAACAUUUUCUAAACCAGCUGGAGGACCUGAGACUGCUCUCCUUCACCCCCUCCAGAGAGGUGUGUGGCCAGAGGAUCUGUUCACAUGACGACAGGUUCCUGCUCCACCUCGCAGAAAAAACAGAUGAGGUCAUCGUAACCAACGACAACCUGAGGGACUUUGUGGACACCUCGGACACCUGGCGCAAGAUUAUUCAACGGAAGUUGCUUCAGUUUACAUUCAUGGGGGACUACUUUAUGAUCCCCGAUGACCCUCUGGGGAGGAACGGACCUCACCUGGACAUCUUCCUGCGCCGAGACGACAGGUGGGCCCCGGUCACCCCUCCCCCACUGAGACCCCCAGACCUCCGGCUCUCCUCCCAGCAGCAGCCAGUUUACGCCCAGGUGCUCCAGUCCGCCCCUCGGCCCCUGUUCAGUUAA